GAUAGUUCAUGUGCCAGCCAUGGAGGAAAGCCUGCAGAGAGGCGUCCGGGACAUCACGAUGGUGCACGUGAAGACGGAGGCGGUGGAUGAGAACACAUCUGCGCUGGUUUUGGGCAGCCAGGAGCCGCCUGCGUCCUGCGGAGAUACCGCAUGCAGAGGAGGAGGAGGAGGAGGAGGAGGAGGAGGAGGCAGGGCUCAGACUGCAGAGGAGCUGUCUGACACCGAGCUGCAAACUGCCUCCACUACUACUCCCGUGCUGCUGUAUCCUGUGAGCACAGAGCGGUUUUUCACCACAGCAGGGGAUGGAAAAACAUACCUGAAAAUAGCUCCAGCUUCAGCGAUGCCCGGCGCUCCUUCAGAGAAGACGCUUCCCUCGGGCUCGGAUUUCUCCUCCAAAGCCGUCCUGUGUCUGAUCGAGGCGGUCGGGCGCCGCUGGGGCCUGUACGAGACCCGCGAACGUUCCCAGCUCUUCCAGAGCGUCCAGGAGGAGAUGGCCUCCAAGGGCCACAUGCUGCCCGUUGAAAAGAUCCGUCGCAAGUGGAACAAUCUGAUUGUGACGUACAAGAGGGUGAAAGACCGCAGCCGGGAGACGGGGCACGCCAAGACCUCAUGGGAGUUCUUUGAUCUGAUGGAUGCGACACUCAGCGACACUAUUGGAUCCCAGAUCGUCAACAACAAAAGAAACAAAGGUGGAAACGCAGUGUCGGCUCUACCGGGCCCUUUAACGAAGAUCGCCGCAAAGCCUCUGCAGCUCCCGUCACAAAACGCCAUGAUUCGCCCCAAUGGGGACUUUUCCUCGACCGGCAGCGUGGACCCGACAGCUCAGGCGGCGGCCGCCGCCGCUCAGGUCGCCGUGAGCGCUGCUGUCAGCACCAUGACCAGUCCGGCAGCCGUGGCUUCAGAGAAUCCUCAAGAGGCCAAGCCCCUCAUCGUCCUGAACGGAGACAUCAGCACGACCAGCAUUCAUCCCGCCACCAUCGUACCAGCUCCUUCUUUCAUCUCCUCGCCUAGUUUCUCAGAAACGGCUUCCACAUCUCCGACUCUCAUCGCAGGCAGCAACUCAGACCUCAACACGUUGGGGUUCGCCAGCCGGAAAGCGCCGUCCUUCUCCCCGGGCGUCAUACCGUUUCGAAUCAGCUCUGCGCCGCUUGGCCACAGUCAGAAUCUGCUGGGCCUUUCCUCUUCGUUUCCGCCGACGUCCUCCUGCCUCACGUCGUCUAUCCCCGCCUCGUUGUCCGCGACGGCCGUGUCGGAAACUGAGCUGCAGAGCCAGAAGGUAAACCCGGAGCUCAGCGGCGCCGCUCUGUUCCAGGAGUUUCUGAAGCGUCAGGAGGAGCAGGCCUACCUGGACCGGGUGGCUCGCCGCAGGACGGAGGCCAGAGAGAAGAGGCGCGAGAGGAGGGAGGUGCGGAUGUCGGAGUCCCUCGGACGGAUAGCCACAGCUCUGGAGCUGCUCUCCUCCAAACAGGACACGGUCAUUGCCCUCCUGCAGAGACUCGCUGAUCGGAAGUGACGUGAAAUAGAAAGCUGCAAAGCAGACUUCUCACAUAUUUUUCCUCAAACAAUUUAAAAAACAAUCUGUUCUGUUUUUCUAGAGAUCCUUGGCCUCAUCAACAUCCAUCCAUGAAAGGUGGAGUUCAUCCUGGAAAUGUCUCCACUCACCACAGAAAAGCACUUACAGCCGAUUUAAAAUCAAAAAUACAUGAUCAGCCAAAAGACUCAAGCCAGGAUGCUGUUACUGUGAGACAACAGUGCUAACCACUACACCUUUUGAUGCCCUCUUUGAUACCUUAACAGUGGCAUUACAUUCUGUUCUGAUUCUGAUUUUGUUGAAGAUACUGAGGAUUGGACGUGUAUGCCUAAAUGUACAAGCUAAAUGAUUUGUUAUGUUUACAUCUGAUUGUUCUACAAUCUGCUGGACCGACAUCAAAUCAGAACAUUCAUUUGAAAAACACAGCUGUGACAUUUUUAUUGUCACAACCAAAAACAAAACGUGUGUUUGUCCUUUGCUUUCUCUCUCUUGACACAGGAAGCCGGUCCGGAUGGAAACGAAGCCCUGAUUGAAAGCCUGAUAACAAUAUGCUGAUGUUUAUA